CUUUCAUUUUCCAACAAAAUUUUACCGGAAGUGUGAGAAAACACGUGUAUCAACAAAACAAAAACUGGUCGACCCUGCAGAAUUUAUACAAAAUGAGACCUCUUACAGAAGAUGAAACAAAAAUAUUCUUUGAAAAAUUAUCUAAAUAUAUCGGUGAGAAUAUUAAAUUAUUGUUGGACAGGCCUGAUGGUAAUUUCUGCUUCAGACUUCAAAAAGACAGAAUAUUUUAUGUCAGAGAAGACAUUAUGAAAAGAGCUACAAGCGUUGAUCCUAAACAUUUAUUGAGUAUUGGAACAUGUUUUGGUAAAUUCACAAAAACCAAGAGAAUUCGUCUUCAUAUAACAGCGCUAGAUUAUUUGGCUCCAUAUGCGAAGUUUAAAGUGUGGUUAAAACCUAAUGCUGAACAACAGUUUCUAUACGGUCAUCAUGUGAUGAAGGCAGGUUUAGGUAGAAUAACAGAAAAUACCCCACAAUAUCAAGGUGUUGUGGUUUAUAACAUGAAUGAUCUCCCUUUGGGUUUUGGCGUAGCAGCUAAAUCAACCGAUUUAUGUCGUUCAUGUGAUCCAAUGGCGAUUGUUGUAUUUCAUCAAGCAGAUAUCGGAGAAUAUAUCAGAAGUGAAGAAAUGUUGAUUUAACAGACAAUGAACGUUAAACUUUGUAAAAAAUGUAAAUAAAGAAAAAGUUUAGAAUAA